ACUAACCCCAACAACACCGCGCGUUUCCGGAAAGAGCCGAACAAGACCCAGUCAGCAGUUGUUGGGGCGAGUGAGCAGUCAAGACACUACGUGGUGAUCGGUGAGGUUGAGGGCUGGGUGUGAGACACCAUGGGAGCCUGCUUGGCAAUCUGUUCUCUUGCUAGUUGUGCCUCGUGUCUAUGUGGAAGUGCAUCAUGCUUACUUUGUGCCUGCUGCCCCUCUGCCAAGAACUCUGUGGUGACUCGCCUUGCCUAUGGCUGCUUCUUGUUCCUAGGAACAGUUGUUUCAUGUAUUUUGAUAGCACCAGGCAUUGAAGCUCAACUAAAGAAGAUUCCUGGAUUUUGUGAAGGAAGUGCCAGUGUUCCCUUCAUUCAGGCGAAUGUUAACUGUGAUGUCAUCGUGGGCUAUAAGUCUGUGUAUCGCAUGUGCUUUGGGCUGGCUGGUUUCUUCUUUCUGUUUGCUUUGAUCAUGAUCCAUGUGAAAAGCAGCAAAGACCCCAGGGCUGGUCUGCAGAAUGGAUUCUGGUUUUUCAAAUUUCUGGCCUUAGUGGGAAUCACUGUUGGUGCUUUCUUCAUUCCUGAUGGUACCUUUACAACAGUGUGGUUCUACUUUGGUGUAGUUGGAGCUUUCUGCUUCAUUAUCAUCCAGCUGAUACUUCUCAUUGAUUUUGCUCACUCUUGGAGCCAGCUCUGGGUUGAGAACAUGGAGGAGGGAAAUUCCAAAUGCUGGUAUGCAGCCUUAUUUACCUGUACGGCUAUAAACUAUCUUCUGUCAAUUGCUGCAGUUGUAGUGUUAUACAUUUUUUACACAAAACCUGAUGACUGUACGGCAAAUAAGGUGUUCAUCAGUCUGAACCUCAUCUUCUGUAUCAUUGUUUCUGUUGUGUCCAUCCUGCCAAAGAUUCAGGAAGUUCAGCCUCAUUCAGGAUUGCUGCAAGCCUCUGUCAUUACUCUCUAUACUCUGUAUGUGACCUGGUCUGCCAUGACAAAUGAACCAGAAAGAAAAUGUAACCCCAGUCUACUGAGCAUUGUCCAGCAAACCACCAGCAACUCGACUGUUGCUCCACCAUCUCAUUCAUUAGUCCAGUGGUGGGAUGCCCAGAGCAUUGUUGGGUUGGUCAUCUUCCUCCUUUGUGUGCUUUAUGCAAGCAUCAGAUCAUCAAGUAAUGAACAAGUUAACAAGUUGAUGAUGACUGAGGGAGGUGAAAGCUCCAUGGGUGACUUUUCUGCUGACCGCGAAAGUGGAUUUCAUCGUGCAGUGGAUAAUGAGCAGGAUGCUGUUACCUACAGUUAUUCCUUCUUCCAUUUCUGCCUGUUCCUCGCCUCUCUUUACAUCAUGAUGACACUUACCAACUGGUACCGUCCCAACUCUGACUACUCGGCUGUUCAGAGUGCCUGGGCAGCUGUCUGGGUGAAGAUCUCUUCCAGCUGGGUUGGACUCCUAUUGUACCUGUGGACUCUGGUUGCUCCUCUCAUACUGUCAAAUCGUGACUUCAGCUAAGCUGAUUGAUGCUACUCACAGCCAUAUGUUAUUUUUAUAUAUUCUUUUCAUUGGACUGAAUUCUUCCACUACUUGUUCAGAUUUCCAUGUUUAUAAUCAGUACUUGUAUAAAAUAUGGCACCACACCAUUUUGGAGCUAUUCAUUUCUAAUCAGAAUGUCCUUUUAUGAGCUUUUUGUCACUCAUUUUCCAUAUUCCUUUGACAUGGAGCUUCUACUGCUGUUCCAGUCAGGGAAACCAUUUUUUUUCUUUCCUGCCUGAUAAGGUUGGUGUUUUGAAGCUGCCACUUUAAAUCAGUUUGGUCAACUUUAUUGUGAUUCAAAAUCUUUUUGAUGAAACCUGAUGGGAUUUCUUUUAAUGCUGUGUAUACUGCCUCUUGCCUGUGAAGGUGCCACAGUGCCACCACAAGCAGUAAGAGGCAGUUAGUGUUACGUAUUCAGGUAGACAAAUUCUAACGUGCACAUGGCAAUUUUAUUGCAAAUGUAAGGGCUUUGAGAGAAGAGCUGAAUUGUGUCAACAUACUCUUGUUGAAUUAGUCCUUCUCCUCUAACUCUGCUUCCUUUGGAAAACUGUACCUGUUCUAUGCUCUCCGUAUGUAGUAUAUCAAGCUGACCUAAUCUUUAAAAGGGAGAACUAAAUCCAACUUGGCCGGCUCCAACCUGACAAUAAGUGUAGUCACAAAAUAUUUGCAAAUAUAUGCAUCAUGUCAUUAAUAUUUCAGCUUAGUUUAUCAUUUGCAUAUUUUCAGUAUUUAAGGAACUGUAGUGAGUUUUAAAUGAUGAGAUAACUGACUUGAGGUUACAAAGUUUAUGGCAUGUGGAUUAGAUAUAUGAUCAAGGAUUCAAAAUCUUAAUUUACAAGAAUAAGAAUGAAACAGUAAUGCGAAAUAUUAAAGCAAUUAUUGACAAGUUUUUUAAAAAAUUAGUAGAAAUAAUGAAUGGUACAAUGAAAAUGAAGGGAGUUUUUAGGAGGUAAACAGGCAAUCUUGAAAGUUGUAUCUUCAAAAUAUGCAAUGCGUAAGGGACACUAAACAGUCAUCAGAGAAUGUUGGCUUUUAUCAAGUCUCCUAGUGCCAGUGUUAAAGCUGCCAAUUUGAGCACAAAGAUGACCAGAUUUAGUAAGGCUGGGACUAGAAUGAUCUGUUUAAAAAUAUGUAAGAGAAUAUGCUUUAUUGACCUUAGACUGUUGGUUAUUUUUGCCCAUGCUGAUCCUCAAAGCAAGUAAGGAAAGGAUACAGGUGUCAUAUUUAAAAUAAUUCUAAAGCUGGAAGUGCUUCCCAUAGAGUGAUUGCUUUCUUUAUUUUGUAUGUGCUGGAAGAAAAUUUUGAUAGUGUUGUCUGUGUAGGUGUUACAGAAGAGCAUUCUUCAAUCAGUGUGUCAAACUAAGCUGGAGCAAUUUUCUGCAAGCAAUUGAGAGGCAAGUUGCAAGUUAGUUUUGAAAUUAGGCACCCCAGAGAGAGGAUUGUUUUCUUUUUUAAAAAUUGCUAUGAGCUUUGUAAAAUGGAAAGCAUUCUAAAAUGGAAAACUUCAUUGAAAGUGAUAUAGUCUGUGCUGAAGUGAUAAUUAUUUGAACAGUGAUUUAACAAUUCACUGUGACAUGACGCAAUGUGUUUAGACUAGUAAAGAUUUGUAGCAUUCACUAUUGCUUUUGAAAACUUUUAUAUAAAGUACUAAUUCAAAUUAGAAAUGAUACCUACCAUUUAUAAACCUCACAAAAGAGGAAAGUAAUUUUUUUUUACAUAUAUCAUGAUUUUGAAAUUGUAUAUCAAAUGUUGUACCUACACAGGUAUUGUAUGAUUCUUUGCUUAAAAUGUUUGAAAAAUCAGGUAUACAAAAUUAUUUAUAACCUGGAGAAUUGCAUAGUUUGUUUUUUUGAAGCACAAAAAUAUACCUUACCACUUGUGCCUCUUUCAGAAGAUGUUGUGCUUGGUGAAUUUCAUUUGUUAAUGAAGACAAACCAUUUUGUCCUUUCAAAUCUUUAUUUUCAUUGCCUUCCUCAAACUGAUAUUUUAUGCAAAAAAAAAAAUCAUCAGGUACCAAAUCUGGCAAGCAUAGAAACCCACGCUGCAAUUGUACACAUUAGUCACAAGAUGUUGCAGCACUUCAAGUCACAGUGGUACUGUGAUUUCCCUUUUGUGAUGAAACUAACAAGUUCUUGGAGGAGGAAUGACUUUUCUGCAUUGGAAUUGUCUCUUCUCCAAAGUAUUUUGCUGCACAUAUUACUGCUGAUUGCUACAGGAGAUUUCUUAAAACAGUCGCAAGAAAUAAUAUUUUAAUGUUUUUAUAUCGUUCCUGAAAACCAGAUCAAUGAUUUGGAAAAUUGAAAUGUAUGUAUUUAAUCUUGGUCAUUAGUCACUCCUUGGGGGAUUACUUUAUUUGUAAAAUAUGCAUCAUUUAUAAAUCUAGUGCGGGACUUAUGAAUAAAGAUAUUUUCUUCCUUUUCGACAAACUUGA